UUCAGUCAACAUGUCGUCGUCUUCUACCUCUGCUCUAAUUCGAAAACCUAAAGUCUUCAAGGUCGAUUUGGAUGGAAAUGUGUACUGUCAUCACGACGUUGUUGCUGUUCUUCGAGUAGCUGGUCUUAAAAGUGAAAGACAUGGUGAAGAAUUUUACGGCUGUUCUCACUGGCCUAGAGGGGAUUGCAAAUUCUUCCUCUGGAAAGAAGAUGUUGAUAAGAUGUUCGUUGAACGUUCAUACGGCACCUCAACUCAAGUGACGUUUAAAGACCUGAAGAUAAAGAACCUUGAAUUACACAAUAUGUUGUUAAUAGAAGAAAACAAGAACUUGAAAGCAAUGAGAUUUGCACAAAGACGAAGUUGAAGAAACCAUAUGUGCUAACCUUUGUAAUUGCAAUUGCCAUAUUGUUGUAUUUGUGGAAUUAGUAUUUAUUGAUAAUGAACUGU